AUGUUGAAAAAUAAUUUGCUAUUUUUUAUUUUGAUAUUUGGAUAUUUGCUUGCGUCUACCUUAGUAUUAAUAAAUGCAAAUGAAGAACCAGAACAACAAAUUCAGAAUCAACAAGAAGUCGUUGAUGGAUUUUUUAGUCGUAGUGGACAUACAAAUAAUUGGGCAGUUUUGGUAUGCACGUCUCGAUUCUGGUUCAACUAUCGACACAUGGCCAACACUCUAUCGAUGUAUCGCACGGUAAAACGUCUCGGCAUUCCUGAUUCUAAUAUUAUUCUGAUGUUGGCGGAUGAUGUGGCGUGUAAUCCACGAAACGUAUUUCCCGCCACGGUAUUCAAUAAUGCAGGGCGGUACUUGGAUUUAUAUGGGGAUAAUGUGGAGGUUGAUUAUCGUGGCUAUGAAGUUACCGUGGAGAAUUUUAUUCGUGUUCUGACUGGUCGCGUGUCUCCUGAUACACCUCGUUCAAAACGGUUGUUAUCCGAUGAUCGAUCAAAUAUCUUGGUGUACAUGACUGGACAUGGUGGCAACGAGUUCUUAAAGUUCCAGGAUGCUGAAGAGAUUAGUAGUUUUGAUUUGGCGGAUGCAUUUGAACAAAUGUGGGAGAAGAGAAGAUACAACGAAAUAUUAUUCAUGAUUGACACCUGUCAAGCAAAUACGAUGUAUAGUCAAAUCUACUCACCGAAUAUAUUAGCAACUGGAAGCAGCGAGCUCGGUGAAAAUUCUUAUUCGCAUCACAUGGACACCGACAUCGGAGUAGCAGUAAUUGAUCGAUUCACAUACUACAAUCUUGAGUUCUUGGAGAAAAUCGAUAUGCAAAGUAAAUCCACGCUUAAAGAUUUAUUUGACUCGUAUGAUCCGAACUUAAUUCAUUCUACGCCGGGUGUUAGAAGUGAUUUGUUUCGACGUCCUUUAGAUAAGGUUUUGGUGACCGAUUUCUUUGGUAAUGUACAAAAUGUAGAACUCACUGAACAAAAAUAUAAUUUGUCAUUUACGACUGCUAUCACCUCAACUUCUCAACAAGAUGUGUUGAACUCGUCAUCAUCAAAUCAGUCAAUUUUGAAAAACCUCAUCAACAAGGACAACUCAACUUCUGCACGAACAAUGGCCAUAUCAAGAAAAUCACCAAUUUCAAAAUCAAAAAAUUAUCAUCUAUCCCACGUAGACCCACAAAAACGACAUCACAUCUCCUUUUUCUCACAAUUGUCAUCAUCAUUUCUCACCGCGAUCGUAUUGAUUAUUAUUUCUAGCAGAUACCUAGAAUAUCGACAGGGUCCCUUGAAUCAAUUAUUACAAGUAUUUCAAAUGGAAAAAUUGGGUGGGGCGGGUACGUAUAAACGUUAUAAAUAA